AUGUUUGCAGACUCAUCUAGGAGGAGCAACAUAGAUGGGAGUGGUACUGACGGUGGGACACCAUCAUCAGGAAAGGCAGUUCAAGGUUUGGAGAAUAUAAAUCUCUCUGUUGAGCCACAAUCUGACGACGACGAACAGAAUAUGAACAAGACACGGGCAUUUUAUUCGGAUGCGGAAAGUGAGGUUCUUGCACAAUGUUGGAUCGAUAUUAGCAUCGAUUCGGUGGUUGGAAACGACCAAAAGAUGGAGCAAAUGUGGAAACGCAUCAAAGAAGCCUACAAUGCAAAUCGUCCCGCCGAAACUCCAUCUAGGAAACCCAAUCAAUUGAAGUCACAUUUUUACAAGAUGCAAAAGCAAGUAAAAUUAUUUUCUGAAUGUUACAAUAGGAUUGCAGACAUCUGGAAGAGCGGUGCGAAUGAUGCUGAUAUCAUGGAGAUGGCGCAAACUGAAUACAGGCAACAUCACGGUACACAGGGUUUUAAGUACAUUGGAGUUUGGAGAAUUUUGUCGAUAGUUCCCAAGUUUGCUGAAGUUCAAGGGAAUGUUCAAGCAACUAAAAGAACGAAAAAUACAGAAAGAGAAGCCUACACAUCAUCUUCUACAGCUGAAGAUACUCUCACGAGCCGCCCAAUGGGGCAGAAAGCGGCAAAGAGGAAGGCGAAGGGAAAGGAAAAAAAAGAAGACUCGGUGCACUGA